AAAUAUAAAAUGAAAAUUACAAGGUAUUGUCUCUCAUUUGUUGCCAAAAAAGGUGAAAAACUGAUGAAAGUAUAGGAUUUUCAGCUGAUCCUUCUUCAAUCAAAGAGGACCCCUUUUCUGAUAUUUUUCUGAUUUUUUUGAAACCCAAAAAACCUACCUGUUCAUGGAUCCCAAGAGCUCAAAACAUCCACAACAUGAACAACAACAACAUCAAGUUUCCAACUUCUUACAACAACAAGAAGAAGGAGAAGGAGAAAAAGUAAACAUGGGUGAAAAUAAACCUGCAGAGAUCAAAGAUUUCCAGUUUGUUGUAGCUGACAAAGAAGAAGCCAGCAAGAAACAGGUGGCUCCCAAGAGAAAUUCUAAUAAAGACAGGCAUACGAAAGUUGAAGGGAGAGGGAGAAGAAUUAGGAUGCCGGCUUUAUGUGCUGCAAGAAUUUUUCAGUUAACAAGAGAAUUGGGUCACAAAUCUGAUGGUGAAACUAUUCAGUGGCUAUUACAACAAGCUGAACCUUCCAUAAUUGCCGUUACUGGUACUGGAACUAUACCCGCUUCUGCUUUGGCGGCUGCCGGUGGCUCAGUUUCUCAACAGGGCACCUCGCUAACUGCUGGUUUACACCAAAAGAUUGAUGAUUUAGGAGGGUCUAGUGGGACCAGUUGGUCAAUGGCUGGAGGUAAUUUAGGAAGGUCUCAUCAUGUAGCCACAGGGUUAUGGCCCCCAGCUGUGAGUGGCUUUGGCUUCCAGCCUUCUUCUUCAGGUCUUUCUACACCAAAUUUAGGGAGUGAAAAUUCAAGUUAUUUACCAAAAAUGGGAUUCCCUGGAUUUGAUUUACCAGGUUCAAACAUCGGUCCUAUGAGUUUUACCUCUAUUUUGGGUGGCGCUGGUAGCCAGCAGUUACCUGGCCUGGAGCUUGGGUUGUCUCAAGAUGGCCAUCUUGGGGUUUUGAAUCCUCAAACUUUGACUCAAAUAUAUCAACAGAUGGGUCAGGCUAGGAUGCACCAGCAUCAGCAACAACAACCUCCUCAUAAGGAUGAUUCUCAAGGCUCGGGGCAGUAGAUUCUACCAUUAGCAUUGUUGAGACUUGAGAGGCUGAGGUGUUUUUUGUUUUGUAAGGGUUUAUAUUUUAUAUAAUUUGGGGAAAAAGAGAAAAAAAUUGAUACUUGAGAGAGAAUUCAAUAGGGACUGGAUUUGGUUUCCUCCCUUUCUCUUUGAUCUUCAUCACUGCAUCAUUAUCCCGAAGUCUCCCUAUACAGGUGCAUUUUUUUUACAGCCAAAUAGCUUGGGUUUGGACUUAACGUCUUGUUAAUCAGAGGUGUAUUGAUUAUAGUGUAAGUCAUCUUUUAUUAUUUUUUGUUCCUAUGUAGGUCUCGUUGGAGUGGCAAUCUGUUUGUUUGUUAAUUUAUACUCACAGUUAUUUCGUCAUA